AUGGGGAGUGAAACUGGCAGUGCUGCCUCGUCCAAGCGAGAAACGUUUCCAGCUUGGGCAAGAGAUGUGAAACAAUGUGAAGAGAAGUACCAAGUGAAUCGAGAACUUGGAUUAUCGAGUGCCGAGGUUGAAAAAAGGAGGCAGAUUUGUGGAUGGAAUGAGUUAGAAAAACACGAGACGACAUCGAUGUUUAAACUACUUUUGGAGCAAUUUAAUGACACAUUAGUUAGGAUACUACUGGCUGCUGCAAUUAUAUCGCUUGUUUUAGCUUGGUAUGAUGGUGAAGGAGGGGAGAAGGAGAUAACAGCUUUUGUGGAGCCACUUGUCAUUUUCUUGAUCUUGAUAGUGAAUGCCAUUGUUGGAAUAUGGCAAGAAAGUAGUGCGGAAAAAGCAUUGGAGGCUUUGAAGGAAAUUCAAUCAGAGCAUGCAAAUGUAAUUCGAGAUGGUAAAAAGGUCUCGAAUUUGCCUGCAAAGGAAUUGAUCCCAGGAGAUAUUGUGGAGUUGAGAGUUGGUGAUAAGGUACCUGCCGAUAUGCGGGUUUUGAGUAUGAUAAGCUCAACUGUAAGGGUUGAACAAGGGUCAUUGACCGGGGAGAGCGAAGCUGUGAGCAAGACAGUGAAGGUUGUUCCCGAGAAUUCGGAUAUUCAAGGGAAGAAAUGUAUGGUUUUUUCUGGAACAACUAUGGUCAAUGGAAACUGUCUUUGCUUGGUCACCGAGAUAGGCAUGAAUACAGAAAUUGGGAAGGUGCAUUCACAGAUUCAUGAAGCAUCACAAAGUGAGGUAGAUACCCCAUUAAAGAAGAAGUUGAAUGAGUUUGGAGACCUUUUAACUCUGAUAAUUGGACAGAUUUGUUUAUUGGUUUGGCUUAUUAAUGUGAAAUAUUUUCUUUCUUGGGAAUAUGUCGAUGGUCGGCCAACAAACUUUAAGUUCUCAUUUGAGAAGUGCACAUAUUACUUUAAAAUUGCUGUGGCAUUGGCUGUUGCUGCAAUUCCAGAAGGUUUACCAGCAGUUAUUACAACAUGUUUGGCACUAGGAACCCGAAAGAUGGCUCAAAAGAAUGCACUUGUCCGCAAGUUGCCUAGUGUUGAGACUCUCGGUUGCACAACUGUUAUCUGUUCUGAUAAGACGGGAACUUUAACCACCAAUCAAAUGGCUGUUUCAAAGCUUGUUGCUGUAGGUUCAAGGUGUGGCACUCUGCGAUCUUUUGAGGUGGAAGGGACUACUUAUGAUCCUUCUGAUGGGAAAAUACAAAGCCGGCCUAUUGAUGGAAUGGAUGCCAAUCUUGAAAUGAUAGCUAAGAUUUGUGCUGUUUGCAACGAUGCGGGUGUUGAGCAAUCUGGGAAUAAAUUUGUUGCCACUGGAAUGCCUACAGAGGCAGCACUAAAGGUUCUCGUUGAGAAAAUGGGAGUUCCUGAGAAGUAUGGCUCCUCUUCAGGUCAUGGGGAUAUUCAACGCUGCUGUCAACUGUGGAACAAAAUGAUGAAAAGGAUUGCAACACUCGAGUUUGACCGUGAUCGAAAGUCUAUGGGAGUCAUUGUGAAUUCCAGCUUAGGGAAAAAGUCAUUGCUAGUAAAGGGUGCUGUGGAGAAUUUAUUGGAGAGAAGCUCUUUUAUCCAACUACUUGAUGGCUCUGUCGUAGAACUAGAUCAAUAUUCAAGGGAUCUCAUCUUACAGAUCCUUCGUGAAAUGUCAACCGAUGCAUUGCGUUGCCUUGGUUUCGCAUAUAAGGAGGAGCUUCAUGAGUUUGCAACAUAUAAUGGUGAUGAAGAUCAUCCAGCUCAUCAGCUCUUGCUUAAUCCCUCCAAUUAUUCUUCAAUUGAGAGCAACCUUAUUUUCGUUGGUUUAGUUGGGCUAAAGGAUCCUCCUCGGAAAGAGGUUCGUCAAGCAAUUGAGGACUGCAAAGUGGCCGGGAUUCGCGUUAUGGUUAUUACAGGAGACAAUAAGAACACGGCAGAAGCUAUUUGUCGUGAGAUCGGUGUAUUUGGAUCUCAUGAAGAUAUCAGUUCAAGAAGCAUAACCGGAAGGGAGUUUAUGGAUCAUCCUGAUCAGAGAAAUCACCUGAGACAGAGUGGAGGUCUAUUGUUUUCUCGGGCCGAGCCAAGGCACAAACAGGAAAUAGUGAGAUUGCUGAAGGAGGGUGGUGAAGUGGUUGCAAUGACAGGCGAUGGAGUUAAUGAUGCUCCUGCCUUGAAGCUGGCCGAUAUUGGAAUAGCAAUGGGCAUUGCUGGGACAGAGGUUGCAAAGGAGGCCUCUGACAUGGUGUUAGCAGAUGAUAACUUCAGCACUAUAGUUGCAGCAGUUGGUGAGGGAAGAUCCAUUUACAACAACAUGAAGGCUUUUAUAAGGUACAUGAUCUCCUCCAAUAUCGGCGAGGUUGCUUCGAUAUUUUUAACAGCGGCUUUGGGUAUUCCAGAGGGCAUGAUCCCAGUUCAGCUUCUCUGGGUUAAUCUCGUUACUGAUGGACCGCCAGCAACUGCUCUCGGAUUCAAUCCCCCAGACAAGGAUAUAAUGAAGAAGCCUCCCAGAAGAAGCAAUGACUCAUUAAUCACUGCUUGGAUCUUGUUCCGCUACCUUGUGAUUGGAUCCUACGUCGGGUUAGCCACAGUUGGGGCAUUCAUCAUAUGGUACACACACCAUAGCUUCAUAGGCAUUGACCUGAGCUUAGAUGGGCAUAGUCAGGUUACUUACACCCAACUAGCCAACUGGGAUCAAUGUUCUUCCUGGGAAAAUUUCACAGCGUCACCAUUCACAGCAGGUUCUCAAGUAUUCAACUUUGAUACGAACCCGUGCGAUUAUUUUAAAUCCGGAAAGAUCAAAGCAUCAACACUUUCACUCUCUGUUUUGGUCGCCAUUGAAAUGUUCAAUUCCCUGAACGCCCUAUCUGAAGAUGGAAGCUUGUUGACGAUGCCUCCUUGGGUCAACCCAUGGCUCCUUUUGGCCAUGUCGAUCUCAUUCGGGCUCCAUUUCAUGAUUCUGUACGUACCAUUCCUUGCACAAAUAUUUGGGAUUGUUCCACUCAGCCGCAACGAAUGGUUCCUGGUAUUGGCAGUUGCUUUCCCGGUCAUUCUGAUCGAUGAGAUUCUCAAAUUCAUUGGAAGAAGGACAACUGGGUUACGACAUUCUCCUGCAAAUAAACCUUCGAAGCGUAAAAGUGAUUGA